GCCCGUAGUACGGGGGAGACUGUUUCGUACUUGCGCACCGUGCCUAAUUUGGAAAUAUGGGAGGUGCCCAAGCUGUUUUCUGUUGACACUGAUGAAGUGCUCGGUGCGGUAGCAGAAGCGGUACCGAAUCUGAGAAAAAUAGAUCUGAGACACAACACGUGUAUGGACGCGGAUCAGGUGGACGCACUCUGCCGUCAGCUGCCCAUCCGCGCCGUUGCCAUGAGGACCUACCUACCCAUUGACGUCAGCCAGCUCACAGAGCUGCGCAUAUCGGACGAGGUCAGCACGCUCCCUACGCUGUCAUCGGAUACACUCGAGAUCGUCUCUGCAAGGUUUACGCAUUCAGUACAAGGCUUGCUCGAUAGUUGUCCACGCCUGUGCGAGCUACGGCUGCCGGGGGUGCAGCUGAAUGAGCGCCUGCGGUCCACUUCUCUGCGCACAUUGGGCGUCUGCGACAUUACAGAGGAGAGGGCGUUGGAGCUUUGUCCUAAUCUACACACGCUACAUCUGAG